GGGUCGCUGUGAUACAGAAUCAACUGUACGGCAGAGGGUUUGGUUUUUUGGUCUGGUCUGCAUCUUAAUCCCCAGCACCUGUGAAUAUGAAUACUUGUACGGGUUUUGGGUGGGUACAUCUUUGUACAUAUAAGGUGUAUUUCUGUGAACAUUAACCAUAGGAUAUAUGUUUAGAAGGGAAUUGCUGGUUCAUGAGAUAGAUGCAUUAAAUAUUUGAAUGUAUUGCUAAAUUGCCUUCCAAAAAGUAACACCAGUUUGUACUUUGACAAGAAGUGAAAGCAGUGAGAGUGCAGUUUCCUAAACUCUUGUAAACUUUCUCAAUUUUUAUCAAUUUGGUUGGUGACUAAUGACAUUUAAUUGUUUGGAUAUGCAUUUCUUUAGUUAUGGGUGAGUUUGAACAUCUUAUUUAAGUUGUAUUAUAAGUCUUGUAUUUUAAAUAACAAAACGUUCGUUUUUUGUCAAAUACAUGUAGUUAAAAGAUAUUUUGAUCUUCUUUUAUUCUUUUAAAUGAAGGACUGUGUUGAUAAAUUGUAAAUGUCUGUAGGAAAAGGCAUUCUUAUAUCUCUCCAAUUAAGUGAGCAUUUGCAUGUCCUCUGUAUAAGAGAUGUGAGUCAUAGUGGUAGAGGCUUUUGACUACAAAAAUGAGUAAGGUUUGGUUACCUCUGCUUUUAGGGUUGAGAUAGAUGUGUGUACGUAGACAAGAAUAACUGACAAGACCAUGGCUGCUAACAGAGGUAUUAACAUGUGAAGACCUAGAAGAGCACAGGAAAGGAAGACAGUUGCCAGUGCUUUGUGGAGGAGAUGGGAUGGGACAAGAUCUUUGUCAGUAAAAAACAGGUAGGAUUUUUAUAGUAGAGCCUGGGGAAUUGACAGUCCUGAGGAGGAGAUCAUGUGGGCAACCUGGGGUGGUUGGGGAAAUGAAGGUUGACUUUGGAAAACAGCAGAGUCCUGUGUCUGAAGUAUAGAGGGUGUGUGACAGGUGUGUGUUUGGUGUGCUGGGGGAGGUAUAGGGACAAUUGUAGUGGGAAAUGAGAGUGAUAGGCCUUAAAUAGUAGAGGGAAUUUGAAUUUGGGGGUGGUUGAAGGUUUUCAGGCAUGGGGAUGAUGAUAGGUCUGUGGGUUAGGAAGAUGACACUGUAAGAAGCAGGGCUUGGAAGCAGGAAGGCAAGGCCAUUCUAGGUAUCCAGGAAUGAGAGAUUAGAAGAGGUAAAAAGUAGAAAACAGGUGGGAGAGCCAAGUUUGUAAUACCUUAAAAAGAUUCUUAACUAUUGUUUAAUUUUCAGCGGAGCAAAGUGAGUACUUCUGGAUUCAAACAGUAAUUUACCCAGCUUUUGGAGAUAGAAAGAAGGGAAUUAAACUUUGGUGACAUAAUGUAGUAAACGGUUCUAAAAGUGGACUGAUAGGUUUAAUGGGGCAAUUGAGAAAUUUCCUGCUGAGGACCUGAAGGAAUUGUUGAGAAACAGAAGAAAGAAUUAUUAAUGUAGUUCAAACCUUCAGUUAGGGACAGAUGGAGAUAAUUUGCAGCACCCCUAAGGAUGAGCUGAAAAAUGGGAAAGUGGGAAAAGGCAACGUUAGAAGCUAUGAAAUCUGGAAAGGAAAUAGUUGUAUCAUAAUUUUACUGUUUGAAAAGUGUCUAGUAGUUGAAUAUAUGAACAGUUUAUUAUGAGUGUCUUCAUAUUUUCCUGAAAGAAAUAUGUUCUAUUUAUUUUCGUAUGUAUCCUAAUUGCGAGACAGACCAUUUAAAAAGCAUUGCAUCUUGUAGGGUGGUAGAAUUAUUUAUUGAACACUUACUAGUUCCAGACAUGGUACUGGAGCCUGGGAAUCUCUGCUGAAUAAAAGCUGCUGUAGUCUUUGCCUUCAUGGAAGUUAUGUUCUGGUGGGGGGAACUGUAAAAGUCACUCAAGUAGAUCUAAGGACUCCGUCUAAUAUAGACAUAAAUUAAAUUUUGCUUAAAGGGAACUUAGAGUCUAUGAAAUGGAGUAAUUUUUGAUGUUGCUUUUUGAAGGUCAAAAGAGUUUUGUCUCAUUUUAGAGCGUUUUUGACAGUUAAUUUUGAGUUAAAAUUUAUUUAUUUAUAAGUAGGACUGCAGUCCUUAAGACAGAUAUUGUCUUCCGGAAAACUUGUUCUGAUUUGAUCAUUUUCCCUUGGAAAGAACAGUUGUCACCACAGUAGUGGUUUUUACCUUAUCUUUACGCCACACACAUUCAUUAUUGAGAGACUUUACUUCUGUAGUACAAGAGCUUGUUUCAUAAAAGUUUUUCAAAAUAGGAAUGGUAAGAAGAUUAAUAGAAUCUCAUUGAAUAUUUUACAGUCUUAAUUUUUUUGCAUUUCCCUAUGAUGGUUCUGUAGGAUAUCCCAAAUUGUCAGUAAAGAUAGGUAAAUUUACCUAGGAGUUGGGCUGAAGGCCUGCAGUUACUCAGCAGUAUUACAGUAAGCUAUGCAGAGGGAAGAGAUUGAAGACAGGACUCUCAGGAUUCAUGGAAGACACAGUUUGGAGGAAGGCAAUUUGCUGAUUAAGACAAAGUUAUUGAUAUCUAAGAAAGGGUGUGGGCAUACAGGGAAGAUGAGAGGAAUAAGGAAAGUUGGCUUAAGUGGGCAGAAAUGGAUGAGUGAUUUGAGCAGAUAUAUGAAGAAGAAUUCUCUAUUCUUUAAAAAACAAACUCUUCAGAGGUUUAUUGUGACUCUUAGGGUAGAGAUCAGACUAGUCACAGGGCCUGUAAGUCCCCCUAUCCAGAUGACCUGGCCCUGGCUUCCUUAUGCAGUCUCAUCUCAUGGGUGUCUGGAUCAUGGAACUACCCUGGUUCAGGGUUUCGCACAUGCUGCUUCAUUGGCCUGGGAUCAUCCCUUCCCACCUUUAGUUAACUUCUUUCUGUUACAGUUUCAGCUUGGGUGUCACUUUGGCAGGGAAGCCUUCUCCCUCCCUGCCCCUGUUCACCCUAACUACUUUUAAAAUCUCAUGCCUCCUGGUACUUUUCCUUCAUAAUGCCUGUCCUGUCAUAGUUGGCAGUUUAUUUAGUGCUUAUUUGAUUAAUGUUCUUCAGAGAGGAGGGGCAGUAGUGUUUUGCCCUGCUUGCGAUUUCAAGGGUUUUCAGGGUGUUUGGCACUAAAUAAACGUGUUGAAUGGAUCAAUGAACUAUGCAUUUUGGUCUUUACUAGUUGGUCUCAAGGACCAAGGGACUAUAGCAGGGGAUGGUGUGCAUUUGGAGUAAGAGCUGAACAGGGAGCAUGGGAGCCUUAAGGAAGAAGAAAAAGGGGAAGCUUUUUAAAAAUAGGAUUGCAAAGGUCUAUGUAUGUAGUCAGGAGAAAGAUUUAUUUAUUCAUGGAUUAACUAAAAAUAUGCAUAAUAAAAGCUUACUAUACACUGGGCACAGAGCUGGAAUAGGGACCAGAAAGAAUGUGCCUUCUGUGUUAAAGGAGUAUGUAAUUUUAGUAGUUUAUUGAAAUUGAUACAGCCCUUAGUGGUCAUUUAGAGGAAUUUUAAAUUGUGGAGAAGAGUCAGCCUGGAUAGUCUUCACUAUUCCUAGCCAACAGACUGAAGUUCUUUCAACAAUUAUAUCUUGAAUGUAAAUUAAGCAUUUGUAAGACCUGUCAGGUUCACAUUUAAAAUAAGAUCCAGCUUUGACUUCGUUUUAAAAGUGACAGAAACGUGAAGAAAGUAGCUCGUUUGGAUGAUUUUGGCUUCAACUUCAAGUUUGGAUGACAGAACGAGAAGGGUGAUUGAAGGAAAGUUCAUUGUACGGAAGUUUUCAAAAGUGAGUUUUGUAGUUAGAAAAUUGUUGAAGGUAUUGAUUUUGUCAGAUACAUGAGUUUUUUUUUCUUUUUAGGUUUAUAAGGGAUUUGUUUCAAUGUAGUUCUGUAACUUUUUUCAGUGACUAGUUUGUCUAGUAAAUACUUUGUAAAAUAAAUACCGUUCAGAUAGUUUAUUGGUCUCCCUUCUGUGCCAGGCCCCAUGCUAGGCCCUUGGGACAUAGUAAAAAUCAAAGGGACAUGCUUGGUCCCUGCCCUCAUGAAGCUUUUCAGUAGAGUCACAGCUCACUGGAGAGAAAUGUGAAGGAAACAUGGCUGAGGGCAAGGCCAGCUCUUUAUUUACCUAUUUAUGUGUUUACUUCUGUUUUUUCUUGAAAGUAGUUUUGGUGGCAACAUUUUAGACUACUUUAAGCUACUUGUUGCUUUAUCUGUUACAAGACAGAGGAUAAGGAGGAUAACAUUUAUAAUACCCAGGUAAAAUAAAAGCUUGGCUCUUCAGCCUGUUGGCAGAUUUUUAAAAAAGAAAUGUCCAUGUAAAUCAGUGAGUUUCUCCCCUUAAAAAAUAAUCUACUAUUCAAUAACAGUAACAGUAAAAACCAGUUGCUGUCGAGUCGUUUCUGACGGAUGGUGACCCCAUGUGUGUCAGGGUAGAACUGUGCUCCAUAGGGUUUUCAGUGGCUGAUUUUUCAGAAGUAGAUUGCCAGGCCUUUUAGCUACUAUUAAUAGAUUGUUUGCUACGGACCAGGCACUGUACAGAUUGAUUAUUAGUUAUUUUAAUAUUCUCAGCAACUAUACAGGGUAGUUGGUAGUAUCCUUUUUUAUAAGUUAGAAAACUGAGAUGCAGGGAAAUAAAUUUGCUUCAGGUUAAUUGGUAGUAGGUUGCAUAUAUUGUCUCCAGAUAAAAAAAGCCUAGUGAAAAGCCUAAACCAAACCAAACCUAAACCUAUUGCCGUAAGGUUGAUUCCGACUCGUAACGACCCCUAAAAUUAAACAUUCAGAGAAAAAAGAAAAAUGUAGAGCUUCUGUGUGACCCAUUAAUUGAACUAGGUGAAAGUUCUGGUAUGCUGGGUUUGCAGCCUUGUGUUACUGGUUCAUUAGUCUUUGGAUGAUAAGCAAGAAAACGUAGCAGCUUCCUGUGUUUGGGAAAUUCUCUACCUUAGUGUUGGUGGAAGGUAGAGAGAUCUUCCUCUGUGGAAACCAGAUGCUCACUUUCCUCUUGUCUUUUGCAGUUAGAAUACAGGCAUGUGACCUAGGUCUGCCCCUCCUGCUGGUGCCUUACUGAGUCAGAAGCCGGAGAUUCGCAGAAGCAGGCACUUGUAUGUUCUGCAGUGCGAGGGGAAUGGCAGCUACAUCUGUUUUCCAGAGGCGGCAGUGACAGCGAUUCCAGUUGUAGCAUUCAUGUAGUUUCUGGUGUCACUGGUUAUCAGUUCAAGUUGCAGUGACUGAGUCCUGUGUUGUCUCCCUUGGACAAGAUCUGUGGUUUGCUUUUUGAGUGUUUUGGACUACAUAGCCUUCCAACCUGAGCCUCCUGGGAUUUUCUGUGAGUUGCCUCAUAUGUUUUAAUAACUUCCUUUUCAGCUUAAACAAAGCCAGAGUUAGUUUCUUUUGUUUGCAACUAAGAACCUUUGCUUGGAUGAUGCUACUUAAAAUAAGAUGAUUCUCAGGAAUUAAUUUUCUAGGCCCAGUAUUACCUGCAUCUAGAUCAGAGUUUACUUAUGGGAAGAGUGUGCAGUAUAUGUUAAGUGAAAUACAUAUAAAACAGUUUGUUUAUUGAUUUAAUUAAUUUGCUGAAUUUGAGUGUAUUUUCUAGGCCAGGAUACCUUCUAGGUGUAAGAGAUAUGGGAGUGAUGAGAUAGACAAGAUCCCUGCACUCAUGGAGCUUAUGUUUUGUAAUAUUUAGAAUGAAUAAGAGAGCAAAUAACGUAAUUACAAAGGGUGAUAAAUGUCAUGAUAAAGGCAAAGAUAGGAUAAUGGGAUAAUGAUCUAUGUAUGUGUAGGGGUGGGUGAAUAUAUGUAUGCUUUAUAAGUAUUUAGUUUAGAAAACACAGUAAUACAUGGAACAAUUGUUUUCAGAUACUGAAUAAUGAGCAGCACGGGACUGUGAUCCCUGACAGACAGGAAAUGUAGGAGUGUUAUAGUUUUGCUGCUGGACUCUUCCCUCCCUCCCCCACCCCAUCAGGAUGAUAUGAGACUUGAAAGAAGACGAUGCAUACAGGCUCCUGUCACGUGCCAGGGAUUGCUUAGGGUGUGUUUGAUGGAAGAAAAACACAUUGCUCUCAAGAAGCUUCCUCUCUUGUGAUGAAGAUGGGACAGUCUUCCCAUAACUGUAAUAAUAUGGUUUGUAAUAUACGUCUUAUGAAUGAUAAAAAUUGAAUGCAGUAAGAGUUUAUAGCACAGGAAAGGAGAAAUCCUUUGUGAUUGGGAACACAUCAUGGGAUGGGUGCCAGUAAGGUAGGUCCUAUAGAUAGGAUUUUAAAAAACCAUUUAUUUUCAAAACCAAAAAUUCUUCAAGUAGAAAACAUAGGUAACAAUUUAAAAAAUCACAAAAGAGAAAAAAUAUCUCCAUUUUUUAUUUCACCAUCCAAAGAUAACCAUUGUUAAUAUUUUUCUGUGUUUUCUACUUAAAUAUACAUAUAUAUUUUUUCUUAAAAAAAGGUAUAAAGGAGUAGUGCUUCCAGUAAUGAUGGACUGUGUAAUUCGUACCAAUCCUAUCUCUGAGAUCAACAAGAAAAUCUGAAAAACAAAAUGUUUGAAGGCAUGAGGGAGCUGACAAGGCAGUGAAGAAUUACGGGGUCAGGAUGCUGGAGAAAGAAACUCAGAGAGGUGAGCCUGGCAUUUUGGGCCACUCUUCCUCUCAGGAGUGCCUGGUAAUUCUGGAAGAAGCACCUGAAAGGCUAAGAAGUGGGGCAUAGCCUUGCAGUUCAUGAGACUGCGGAUAUAAAAAUUGUAUGACAGGGCCUGCCAAAUAAAGGCAGCCUUGUGACACCCCCUAGUGUUUGUGUUGGGACCCAUAAGGGCAUAAGAAUAAGGGUUAGCUGCAAACAGAUCUGCCUCACAGGGACUAUAGCCCUCUUUUGAAUCAUUUUAAUCCCUGAUUGCUGGGAUCCCAGGCUACCAGCUAUAAAAAACACAAACCCAUUUUGGAUAAAGAUAAUAUCAUCUUUAUGGAUUUUUCUUAGAUCAUCUUUAUCCUUAAUUUAAAAAAAGAAGAAAAGUGAUAAGAAAAAAUCUGUGAAAGAACCAAAUAAUGGAAUCAUCAGAGACUUAAAAAUAACUUUGUUUAAUAUGUUCUGGAAAUAAAAGACCAGAUUGAGAAUUUUGGCAGAGAGCUGGGGGUCUUCUAGAACAGAAAAUACAAAAACUAAAGUUACGAACCCAAUGGAUGGCUUUAAUCUACUGCCAGAGAAAAAGAGAACGUUUCAAGAAAAAAAAAUGAGAUGAAUAGCUUGACAAAAACAGUGGAAGCCAGAAGAUAAUGAAAUGAUAACUUCAGAAUGCUAAAAGAACUUGACUAUAAAUCUAGAAUUUUAUACCUAGCAAAAAUGUGCUUCAGUACUGAAGGAGAAAUAAAGACAUUUUUAGAUAAAAACUGAGGGAAUUUGUUACUGGCAGACUUGAACUUAAAGGAAGUACUGAAGAACAUUUCUUUAGGAAGAAGGAAAAUGAUCCCAGAUGAAAGCCUGGAGAUACAGGGAGGAAUGUAGAACAACUAUAAAAGGGUAAACAUGAAUGAAUAAUAGCAGUAUAAAACAACAGUAAUAAGUGUUGUGGAUUUAUAUGUAAAGAGAGACAGAAUUAAAAUAUGAGCCUAACAAUUGUAUAGAAAUUAAGGGAGGGGUGCUAAUUUUAUUAUAUUUGGAUGCAUCAAGGAUAUGUAAUCUUUAUUAUACUCUAUAAGAUAACUAAGAGAAUACUAAAAUAAUGUUACAUGUGUCAAGGGUGUUAAAAAAUCAGCUCAGCAAAGGAACAUAAAAUGGUUGGAACAAGUAGAAGGGUUGUUUGUUAGUCUUUAUACAUAAAUAAAACCCUACUGCAUACUGUUUAGGAUACAGAGAGGGUGCAAGUUAAAGAAUGGACAAAAGAUAUGUCUCAAAGAUUGAUUAAGCAAAAGCCUGGUGUAGUCGUAUUAAUAUCAGACAACUUAUAUUUUAAGGUUAAAAAGAGGGUAAAUUCAUAAUUAAAAAUGAUUUUAUUUAUCAAGAAAAUGUAGCAACUCUAAAAUUUGUAUAAUCCAAUAACAAAAAGGAGAAAUAGUGAAUGCACAAUUAUAGUGGGACAUGUUAAUGCACCUCUGUGGGUAAUUGAUAGAACAAGAUGAGAGCAGAAGUAGAAACACUUAAGAGAGGAUCAACAAAGCUGCAGUUGGUUCUUUGAAUAGAAUUAAUAAAAUUGAUAAACUUUUGAUGAGACUGCAAAGAAGAAGGGGAAGGCCUUAGUAACCAAUCUUGAGUGAACAGCGUAUCAUUACAAUUCUCCCGACACCGAAAAACUCACAAGUGUGAGGGUAUUAUGAAGUACUUGAUGCCAAUGCAUUAGAAAUUUAGAUGAAGCAAACAUACUAUUCUACCACCUGUCAGUUUGUUGUGUUGUGGAUUGCACGUUGCUAUGGUACUGGAAGCUAUGCCACCAGUAUUUCAAAUAUCAGCAGGGUCACCCAUGGUGGACAGGUUUCAGUGGAGCUUCAAGAAUAAGAUAGACUAGGAAGAAAGGCCUGGCAAUCUACCUCCAAAAAUCACUAAAUGAAAACCCUAUGGAUCACAGUGUUCCAGUCUUCAACCCAUCAUGGUGGUGGUGCAGGUGGAAGCAGUGUUUCAUUCCAUUGUGUGUGGGGUCGCCGUGAGUCGGGCUGACUCAGUGUCAGUUAACAACAGCAGCAGAUAACCGGAGGACUGUACAAUGUUUGUGCGUUGGAAGACUCAGUAUUAUGAAGAUUUCAGUUUCCCCCAAAUUACUCGAUAGCUGUGCUGUCUAAAAUGGUAGCUAGUAGCCAUGUGUAGCUAUUAAAAAUCGAAAUUAAUUAAAAUUAAAAUUUAAAAAUCAGUUCUAGUCCACAUGUCAAUCAGAAAUAAAAUGGAUAAAUAAAUCAUCAUAUGUUCAUAGAGUGGAAUACUAUUAAACAAUGAUAGUGAACAGACUACAGCCUAUAGGUGUAACAUUAUGCAAACAAAGCCAUUUAUAUAAAGCUAAUACUAAUCUGGUUUUAGAAGUCAUGAUAGUGCUAACUUUCAGGGGAAGAGGAAGCAGGUAUCGACUGGGGUCAGGGUAUAGGGGUUUCUGGGAUGCUGGUUAUGAUUUUUUUUUUGCUAUGCAGGUUGUUCACUUUAUGAUAAUUUGAGCUUUAUACUUAUGGCUUUUACACUUUUUUUGUUUAUAUUACAGUAAAUAAGUUUAAACAUAGUAUAGGAUGAUUACAUUAAUAGUAAAAAUAGAAGCUAACAUUUAAAAAGUGCUUGUUGCGUGCCAGGUUUCAUUCUGAUUGUCUGCUUGUGAUAUCUCAUUUAAACCUGGGGGGACGGGGUUAGUAUGAUAUUAUUUUUGCUUCGUAGCUAGGGAAACUAAGGCUCGGAGUGGUUAAGUAAUUUGCUGUUCAAGGCCUUGGUCUUUUUACUGUUUGUUUAUAAGAACUCUUUGUAUAUUAAGGACCUCAGUUCUUUUCAUCCACAUUUAUAUUCCUUCCCAGUUUUUUUUUGACGUACAGAUUUAAACUCGGCCCCUCUCCUUUCUCCAUUGUUUGGCAUUUAGGUUUUCAAUUUCUUGCUAUUAUGAACAAUAAUAACCACCUUUGUGCACAUUAUUUCCAUAGGAUAAAUUCCUAGUUGUUUUUUUCUUAACUGAACAAAAUUGCUCCAUGUAAUUGAAUUGACUGAACUUAUUUUUCAGUAUGAGUAGUUGAAUAUUUUUAAAAAGUUAUCCCCAUCUAUCAUCUUAGGUACUCUAUCCUUUUAUUUAUUCAGCAACUAUUUAUUAAUGAUGUACUAUGGGUCGCUAUGAGUCGGAAUCGACUUGACGACAACGAGUUUGUUUUUUUGGUUUAUGGGUCAGUUGAGGACCUCAUGCUGUAAUGGAAGGAGACACAGAAGCUAAGGUCUGAAAGCAAUGCUAAGGGCAGGUGAUACUUAAGUUUUAGAGAUGGGACACUUGAGAUUUGCAUUUUAGAAAGGUCACUCUAACUAUCUUUUAAAAGAAAUAGGAAGUUUUAAUUGGGUAAAGACAGAAAGACCUAUUAGGAAUUUGUUUUAGUAAUCCAAGUGAAAAAUGCUACAGUGGAGAUGAAGAGGUUGUAUUUCAGUUUUCUAUAGGGUCACUAUGAGUUGGAAUCGACUCGAUGGCAACGGGUUUUCUUUUUUUUUAUAGGAGGUGGAAUCGGCAAGAUUGGGUGGGCUAUGGAGAAAAAGAACUCCAUCAUGACUCAGAUUUUUGACUCAGGAGGAGAGACUUCAGCAUGCAAACCUUCAUCUGUUCGGCUUGCACCGUCAUUUUCAUUCCAUGCUGCUGGCCUUCAGAUGGCUGGACAGAUGCCCCAUUCACAUCAGUACAGUGACCGUCGCCAGCCAAACAUAAGUGACCAACAGGUUUCUGCCUUAUCUUAUUCUGACCAGAUUCAGCAACCUCUAACUAACCAGGUGAUGCCUGAUAUUGUCAUGUUACAGAGGCGGAUGCCCCAAACCUUCCGUGACCCAGCAACCGCUCCCCUGAGAAAACUUUCUGUUGACUUGAUCAAAACAUACAAGCAUAUUAAUGAGGUUUACUAUGCAAAAAAGAAGCGAAGACACCAACAGGGUCAGGGGGACGAUUCCAGUCAUAAGAAGGAGCGGAAGGUUUACAAUGAUGGUUAUGAUGAUGAUAACUAUGAUUAUAUUGUGAAAAACGGAGAAAAGUGGAUGGAUCGUUACGAAAUUGACUCCUUGAUAGGCAAAGGUUCUUUUGGACAGGUUGUAAAAGCAUAUGAUCGCGUGGAACAAGAAUGGGUUGCCAUUAAAAUAAUAAAGAACAAGAAGGCUUUUCUGAAUCAAGCCCAGAUAGAAGUGCGGCUUCUUGAGCUCAUGAACAAACAUGACACUGAAAUGAAAUACUACAUAGUGCAUUUGAAGCGCCACUUUAUGUUUCGGAACCAUCUCUGUUUAGUUUUUGAAAUGCUGUCCUACAACCUCUAUGACUUGUUGAGGAACACCAACUUUCGAGGUGUCUCUUUGAACCUAACACGAAAGUUUGCACAACAGAUGUGCACUGCACUGCUUUUUCUUGCGACUCCAGAACUUAGUAUCAUUCACUGUGACCUAAAACCGGAGAAUAUCCUUCUUUGUAACCCUAAACGCAGUGCAAUCAAGAUUGUUGACUUUGGCAGUUCUUGUCAAUUGGGGCAGAGGAUAUACCAGUAUAUUCAGAGUCGCUUUUACCGGUCUCCAGAGGUGCUACUGGGAAUGCCUUAUGACCUUGCUAUCGACAUGUGGUCCCUCGGGUGUAUUCUGGUUGAAAUGCACACUGGAGAACCCCUGUUCAGUGGUGCCAAUGAGGUAGAUCAGAUGAAUAAAAUAGUGGAAGUUCUGGGUAUUCCUCCUGCUCAUAUUCUUGACCAAGCACCAAAAGCAAGAAAGUUCUUUGAGAAGUUGCCGGAUGGCACUUGGAACUUAAAGAAGACCAAAGAUGGAAAACGGGAGUACAAACCACCAGGAACCCGUAAACUCCAUAAUAUCCUUGGAGUAGAAACAGGAGGACCUGGUGGGCGCCGUGCUGGGGAAUCGGGUCAUACUGUAGCUGACUACUUGAAGUUCAAAGACCUCAUAUUAAGGAUGCUUGAUUAUGACCCCAAAACACGAAUCCAACCGUACUAUGCCCUGCAGCACAGUUUUUUCAAGAAAACAGCUGAUGAAGGUACAAAUACAAGUAAUAGUGUAUCCACAAGUCCGGCAAUGGAGCAGUCACAGUCUUCAGGCACCACCUCUAGUACAUCGUCAAGCUCAGGUGGAUCAUCGGGGACGAGCAACAGUGGGAGAGCGCGGUCGGACCCGACGCACCAGCACCGGCACAGUGGGGGGCACUUCACGGCCGCUGUCCAGGCCAUGGACUGUGAGACGCACAGCCCCCAGGUGCGUCAGCAAUUUCCGGCUCCUCUUGGUUGGUCAGGCACCGAAGCUCCUACACAAGUCACUGUUGAAACUCAUCCUGUUCAAGAAACAACGUUUCAUGUAGCUCCUCAACAGAAUGCAUUGCAUCAUCACCAUGGAAAUAGUUCCCAUCACCAUCACCAUCACCACCACCACCACCACCACCAUGGACAACAAGCCUUGGGUAACCGGACCAGGCCAAGGGUCUACAACUCUCCAACGAAUAGCUCCUCUACCCAGGAUUCUAUGGAGGUUGGCCACAGUCACCACUCCAUGACAUCCCUGUCUUCCUCAACUACUUCUUCCUCUACAUCUUCCUCCUCUACUGGUAAUCAAGGCAAUCAGGCCUACCAGAAUCGCCCAGUGGCUGCUAAUACCUUGGACUUUGGACAGAAUGGAGCUAUGGACGUUAAUUUAACCGUCUACUCCAAUCCCCGCCAAGAGACUGGCAUAGCUGGACAUCCAACAUACCAAUUUUCUGCUAAUACAGGUCCUGCACAUUACAUGACUGAAGGACAUCUGACAAUGAGACAAGGAAUUGAUAGAGAAGAGUCUCCUAUGACAGGAGUUUGUGUUCAACAAAGUCCUGUAGCUAGCUCGUGACUAAAUUGAAACUUGAGUUUGUUUCUUGUGUGUUUUUAUAGAAGUGGUGUUUUUUUCCAAAAACAAAGUGCAAAGCUGCUUGAAUCAGAAGGAGAUUAACACACUGAACCGCUACAAGAGGGCAGAGCUGACCCUUUCUUUUUUUUUUAAACUUGAAAAGAUUGCAGAGGGACAAUGAAGUUUUUUAAAGAGCCAUGUCCAAACCCAUCUUCAUGGAGAGCUCAGAGGUAGCACCUCUCCUUUUGCCUCACCUGUUUUAACUUGCCACAUCCCAGUCAUAGUGGGUUUUUUUGUCUUUCUAUUCAACAAAAGUUAAUGGUCAGAUGUUGGUCUUGGUCAUUUGCCAACUAAUUUUAAAAUAAAAAGGCACUGCACAUAAUUUGCAUCAAGGGCCCCGUAAGGGUGUUUUUUCCCCUUUUUUGUUUCUCCUUUCCCUGUUUUUGUUUUGUUUUGUUUUGGGUGGGGGUGGGCAGUUUGGGUUUUUAAGUCCUCUAAACACGCUUGGGCACGGAAAUGCAGUACUGUAGGGAAGAGGGACCUCCAGCUUACACAAACAUCAUCUUCAGCUGUACGAAAGGGACGGUUGUGUUGAAGUUUGUAAGGCACAGUAAGCAUGCUAAGUGGCGGGGAUCAGAACUCUCCUGUCUGAACCUACUGAGGAGCAAAGCAGCAAUUACGUGGGAUUCUGUGGGCCUCCUGUUUUUCGAGGCCGCAGGGAGAUAUAGUAAUGGAACAUGACUGGUCUCCUAACCAAGGUGCACUGAGAAGCAAUCAACGGGUCAGUCAUGGCCAGUCCUGGGGAGGUCUGAGUGGUGGUCUUUGGGAUAACCUUUGGCCUUAUGGAUUUGGACUCUAAAUUAGAAGAGCCUGCCAUUUCAGAUGCAAUCACUUUUGGACAUGCUUUUGCAGACAGUCCUUAAUGCUGAAAACACAGAGAAUGGGUAAUUCAAGAGGCCUUUCUUUUAAAAUAGACUUUUGUGACCCACUAAUUGUAAGGUAUUGCAAGGUCACUUUGCGUGUGUCAUAAAGUUGACUUCCUUAUUGGUUGAAGGUCACAGAAGUAGUGGUUUGCUUUGAUGAAAAUAGCUACAGCUGUGUCCCUUCCUGCUUUUUACUUUUUCUUUUGCUUUUUCUCGGCACGUGGUAUCUCCACCAUUUCUUCUGCACAAAGAUGUCUUCUGUUCAUCCUGAACAUUUUUAAAAAAAUGCAGAAUUUUAUGUGACUGCUUUUUUGCCUCACAAUUAUGCUGUGAAUUUUACAAAAAUUUAUUUUCUUUUUUGAUAAUUUAUUGUACCAAAGCUGUUUUUAUAGCACAUAGAUGUCUGUAACCAAUAAUGUAGCAGUUCUGCACUUUGACACAAGGUGUAACUAGACCAUUUUUAAAUGUCAGUUGAAAAUUAUGGCUGUACUAUUGCUUAAACAAAACUGGAACUGUUGUUGAAUCCAUAGCCAAUACAUUUACAGCAAUCUGUGUACUGAACAUAAUAGAUUGACAUCUAACUCAAGAUUACAACAUCUGUUAAACAUUAUAAAUGUGUUCAGGCUUCCGAAGGGAAAGGGACACUGGAUCCAGAAGCUGUGGAACCAGCAGUUGAUCCUUGUAUUCCUGAUUAACCUACUUGUAAACUUGAAAGCAAGACCUUGAUUGCACAAACAGGUCCCGAAUAUGAGCACGAGUAAAGCCGAACUCUCACGCACGACCUGAAGGUAACAGGCUGGUAUUUAACAGGUGCCUAGUUUUGAGAUUAUGCUGCCUUAAUGUAACACAGUCUGGCAGUUGCUAAAUUUGUGUUCCCAUUUUUAAAUUGACCAAUUUUAGGGAGUUAUACUUUUGAGUGGUUGAAUUGGGAGAAUGGAGAGAAGUAAUUUUACCUGUCCAGGAUCAAAAGAAGCCUAGAAAAGCAGCAGUUAUCUACCUCUGCCAAUAAACCCUGUUCAGAACAACUCAGCAGAACACCACAUUACUUUUUACUGGUCAAUUCCAUGUGGCUGACAAGGUCCAGUUUUUCUGAACAAAAGAAGGUUUUUAUAUGUAACCAGUGACAAAAAGAAAGGCUUAAAACUAUGUAAAUGUGAAUGGAAACUUGGAAAUAUCCGUUUUCAUAAACCACAGAAUUUUUUGUUGUUAAUCAGGAAAUCCAUAUUUAUUUUGUAAUUAAAUGUCAAGCCUGUGGAUGAUUUUUGAACUUGGUGGUUCAUAAAGGUUUACAGUAAAUAAAAGGAUAUCAUUUUGAGUAUAGCAAUAUCAAAAGGAAUUCAGUAGUUACUGCUGUUGAGGAAUAUAAGGUUCAGAUAUUAUAUGGGUCAGGUCAUUUUUUUCUGUGCUGGUUGCCACAUCUUAGUAAGCACCAAAAACAAAAGCAGUUUUUAAACCGAUAUUUACAUAAAGAAAAUCAUACAUACAAUCCACUGCUUCUGCAUACUGUGUUAUGUUACAGUCCAGUUUUGUGUGCUUUACUACACAGUUUGGUUACAGGACUUCUGUGCAUUGUAAACAUAAACAGCAUGGAAAAGGUUAAAUACCUGUGUUCAGAUUGUAAGAUCUAGUCCGGACUUGCUGUGUAUAUUGUAACGUUAAAUGAAAAAAGAACCCCCCUUUGUAUUAUAGUCAUGCGGUCUUAUGUAUGAUAAACAGUUGAAUAAUUUGUCCUCAGAGUCUUUACUAUGCUUUUUUAAAAUUAAGAAAAAUGUAAACAUAGUUAAAAAUAUCUUCCUAUGCAA